CCAAGCCAAUCUACGGCACCUGGAGUCCGUCUACACGCUGCAUUGCCCGAGAAAUGCUCGUGUGUUCGACCUAACAACGACUUUUAACGAUCGCAAAGCGAACUAUUCCCAAACCAUCUCCCGACAUCUUUCACCGCGACGAAACCACGCGCGAUCAUUGCGACACCACACAGACCUCAUCAUUCUUCGACCUUCCUUCCCACCCGUGCUUUACAACGAUAAUUGACACGCUUUUGAUACCCUUUCGUUGAUCAUCCCACCCCUACAGUCGUGCGCUAUUGUUUCUUCCUCCCAUCUUUACAUCUCCCACCCAUUAUUGCGCAACAACUUCCCUCCCCAACCAACGCGCCCCCCUCCUCCGCGCUCACUCAUCAACCCCCUCCAACCCCCAAACCAACAAAAAUGGUCGCCAACGCCCUCGUAUACCACCCUUCGGUAGCCCACUACCUCCGCUUCGUCGCCACCACAGUAGGCCGCGACAAGCUCCUCCGCACCCUGCAGUACUUCGCCCGCUUCUACGCCUGGUACCUGUACCGCACCAACGCCGCCGCCUCCCAAGUCGCGCCCUGGGACGCCGUGAAGAAGCAGUUCGGCCUAGCCCGCAAGAUCCUCCGCUUCGGCAAGAACGUCGAGCACCUCAAGGCCGCCGCCGUCGCCGCCGACGCCGCCCCGACCCUCGACCCCUUCCUCCGCUACGCCGCCAUUGGCCGCCAGCUGGGCUACGCCGGCUACCUCUCCUUCGACGCCGCCACCCUCCCCGACGCCCUCGGCAUCCGUCGCUCCCCGCGCACCAAGACGCUCCAGCGCGAGGCCUACCGCUUCUGGGCCGCUGGUAUCGUCUGCAGCGUCGUCGCCCAGCUUUACACCCUCCAUCGUCUGCGUCAGCGCCAGGCCCGAGUCGACUUGAAGGAGGCCGAGGGAGCUGUCGAGAGCAAGAGAAUAACCUUGGAACGAAGCACUAGCAGGAUGCAACUCCUCUGCGACCUCUGCGACUUGACCGUCCCCCUCUCCGGCUUGAACUGGGUCGCCUUGGACGACGGCAUCGUCGGCAUUGCCGGCACUGUUAGCAGUCUGGUCGGCGUCUACAGCCAAUGGAAGAAGACGGCAUAAAGCCCAUAAUAUCAUGGGGGACAUGUUGAUCAGAGAUCUUGGAGGAGUGGCAACCGUCUGAAAUGGACAGACUACGUUCUCAUUCUUGGACCACGUGAGCGAAUAAUAGUGUGUGUUGCCCGGACUAUGCGCCCGUGUGGUACACAGUUCGUUCUCUUGCCUAUUCCACUGUUAAUAGUCGCUGCGUCGAACAGCACACAUAUCCUGGACUCUUGAACACCGGGGUUCCUUAUGCCUGUACAUAAAUGCUUGAGAUUUCUUUUUCGGGUCGCAAAGAGACACAAUCAGUCUUGAUUAAGUGAUAUCCUCAUUCGUUAUCGUACAUGAAAAAUGUCAUUCCAGGCCCAUUUCUUUUUACCA